CGCGUGUUUUGACCAAUCACGGGCUGCUUAAAGAGAAAAAACGCACUUAAAACACUUCAGCCGUAAAACUUCCAGUCACUGUCGUAAACUGUUGCAAAGGAAUCCAAACAAACAUCACAAAGCAGGCGGAUCAAAUCAACGUUUUAAGCUUUUUUUUGACGGUCAUGGCGGCGUCUUCUUCGUCCUCCUCGGCUGGAGGCGUAAGCGGGAGCUCGGUGACCGGCUCCGGGUUCAGCGCCUCGGAACUCAUUCCCCCCAGGAAGGUGCUGUAUACUUACCCUAAAGGGGCCGGUGAAAUGAUGGAAGAUGGCUCUGACAGGUUUCUAUGCGAGUCUGUAUUCAGCUACCAAGUGGCGUCGGCACUCAAGCAGGUCAAACAUGACCAACAGGUGUCCCGGAUGGAGAAGCUAGCGAGCUUGGUGGAGGAGCUGGAAGCGGACGAGUGGCGGUACAAACCCAUCGAACAGCUCCUUGGAUUCACGCCAUCCUAAAUAACUUGGGAUAAAAAAAAGAAUGUUUUAUUCCGUUAAUAUAUGUCUUUUUUAUGCAAAUAUGAGUUGAAAUAUGUUACUGACACAAACAGCGACGCAUUGUUCUCACUGCCACUUGCUUUAACAUGACAACAACAUGUAAAUAAUAAAAUCUUACUGGGA